AUGUCAGCAAGAGGUGGCCGUGGAAACUUUCGUGGUGGUCGAGGCAGCUCACGUGGUAAAGUUGGUCUAUCUUCUGGUGGAAGACCUUCAUUUUCAGGCCCUCCUUCUUCAAUAACUGAACUAGGAGAAGUGUUACAUUCAAGUGAACACGAGUUAGUAUGUAAAAGUUUUCUUAAAGACCAAGUACCAUAUUUUAAUGGAAGGAUAUUUUUGGAAAAUAAAGAAGAAAUAGGAAAGGUUGAUGAAAUUCUUGGUCCUAUUAACACUUAUUUUUUUUCCAUUAAAAUGAACAGUGGAGUUAAAGCAGAGUCUUUUAACACAGGUACCAAGAUUUUUAUUGACCCUCAACAAUUAUUACCAAUGUCAAGAUUUUUGCCAAAACAGUCUAGUCCAAAAACUACAAAGAAAAUUGGGGAGACAUCGAUAAAUAAAAAAAGAGGAGGUUUUAAUGGCUCUCCAGGACGUGGUGGUCAGAGUAGAGGUGUAAGGGGAGGCAAAGGAUUCUCUAGGGGUGCGUCUCCUAGAGGUUUUAGAGGAAGAGGAGCUAGCUCUUAG